AUCCAAAAAUCACAGUCGACGAAAUACAAUCUUCCGGUCACUUAUCGAUAGCCUGAAGUUCACGCACAGAUCAAUUCAUCCAAAUAAUAUCAGCUCAGAACAAUGAAUUCUUCAGCCUCAUCUGACUACCAGAAGUUUGCACCUUCCGCAGCUCCAGCGCCACCACCCUCUUACGGCGGGGACACGAAGACGGGCAUUCCGAUCAGCUCCGACGGCUCUUAUAUGUUACCAACCCAAUUCAAGCCUACGGCCCGGGUCCCCUGGUCCACCGGCCUGUGCGACUGUUUCUCGGAUCCAACUAACUGUUGCAUAACUCUCUGUUGUCCAUGUAUCACUUUUGGACAAGUGGCAGAAAUUGUGGAUAAGGGUUCUAAUCCUUGUGGAGUGAGUGGAGCAUUGUACGCGCUGUUGGAAUGCGUGACUGGGUGCGCGUGCUUGUAUUCAUGCUUCUACCGGUCAAAGCUGAGGGAGCAGUUCGCGUUGACGGAAAGCCCCUGCGGGGAUUGUUUGGUUCAUUGCUUCUGCGAGUGCUGUGCCUUAUGCCAGGAGUACCGAGAGCUUAAGGGCCGCGGCUUUGACAUGUCCAUUGGGUGGCAGGGAAACAUGGAAAGACAAAAUCAUGGAAUUACCAUGGCUCCAAUAGUUCAAGGAGGAAUGACCAGAUAAUAAGAAGCUUGCAUUUUUUUUCCAUUUGCUCUUUUAAGUACAACAUUAAAAUUCUCUUUAUUUAAAUUUAAUUUGUGUGUGCAGUGUGUGAGUUUGCCUGGUCUUUUUCCUUUUAUUUUCUUUACAUUUAUGUAUUUGUAAUUCACGAAUACUGAUCAAGGCAAUUGAUAUGUAUUUAAAUGCUGAGUAUACAUUAUGUGGAACUCUAUAACUCUAUAAGAAUAUUUUUAUUUGAAUGAAAUGUUCUGGUCUGGUAUGGUCUGUUUAAAUAUGGUCUCGUCUGAUAGAUGUCUGGUCUCUGUAUAUUUUACAACUAUCAAAAUCUGAUCUGUUUUGAUUUGGUCUUUUAAAGUUUGUCUGAUCUGUUUAAGUCUGAUCUGAUCUACUCUAAUUUGAUAUAGGACUCUAAUAAGUGCAAAUAAAAAUAUCCUAAGUAGUUUUAUAGGGCACCAUAUACAAUGGGACAAAUAAAAAAAAACUGACUCGUUUUAAGACACAUCAAAAUUUUAAAUGUCAAAUAGGCCUUUGUCCCCCCGGUUAGAACCACACUAGGUGUGGGGGUGUGUGUCGGGAACAUCUCCCUAUGUCCUAUGUUAUUAAAAUAAAGUUGCAAGUACAAGAGAAAUAAACAAAAACAUGAGAAUAAAACUACAUCAACGGUUGAAAGUAUUAAGAGGAAUUCCAAUUGAAGUAGAGAUGGAUCUGUAAAAUUUGUUAUGGAACUUGAUGACCUUCGGAAGAUAGGGCUAGAAAGUUAUGGCCUUCGGAUGAGAUAAUUUGUAGCGCUUGAGUGCAACUGCUAGUUUAUGUGGGAGGUUAAACCUCUCGUCGACCGGCUAAAGAAAGUAAUUUGUCUCAUUUUGGGGUCUUUUUGAGUUGCUCCUGGUGGUCAUGGGAUGAGGCUAUAUCCCAUGUGGUAGUAUUGUUGUGCAUCUUCUGAAUCUUCAUUUGAUAUGUUUAUCAAGUUCAUGAUUUUGUUUCUUCUUCUUUUUACUUGUGUAAAGUCUUCGAGGUGUUCCUCUUCAUCAAAUAGGUCUCAUAGGACAACAUUUUCCCCGAUGUGAGUUUAAAAACAACUUUUCCCUUACCAUGCACCUUGGUUGUGUGAGAGUCACCAAGAUACUCUUGUUUUUCACCAUCUCCUAUAGGAGUAUAGGAGGAAAAAGCACUUUUAUUUUUUACAAAUGCGCUUGGUAGCCCCAGAGUCUACCACUCAUUCAUUCACAUCGAACUCUAAGCAAGUUUGAGAAACAACCGCCGCAAUAACAUCAUCACCUUGAAUCAUAUUUGCUCUUGGUCUAGGUGGUUUGUUGUUUCUCAUAGUUGCCCGUUUCCUACUUUGUGCUGCAAAAUGUCCCGGUUUUCCACACACGUAACACUGACUUUUCUUUUUAAAUCUUGUGUUAGAUUUAGGCUUAUUAUAAUUAGGCUCGUUAUUAUCUUCAUUAUUAUUAUUAUACCUCCUUUGAUUAAAUUGGUUUUGAGUCUCCACUAGGUUGGCGUUGGAAGUGUAUUGCAUGAUUUGAGCCUUGGAGUCCUCCCUCCUAUUGGUGUCUUCAAUGAUAAUGUGUGUGAUCACUUCAUUGAACGACAUGGGUCCAAAUUUAUGCUUUAGGUCGCGUUUGUAGUCCUUCCAUGCCUCGGGCAAUUUUUUAAUGAGGAUCUCGGCAACAAAAAGUUCGGGCAGCUCGAUUGGAACGCCUUUGAGGUCCUCCAAGAGCGUUUGAUAUUCAUGAAUUUGUGCCUUUAAGUCCUUGUCGUCUUUCAUUUCCCAUUUGUAAUAGUUCCCUAUCACAAAUUUUUGUUUGACGGUGUCCUCGGCUCUGUACUUGGCAAUCAUAGAAUUCAUAGAAUCUCAUAUUUCCUUGGGAACUUUUUUCGUGCAAUAAACA